AGCAACAGUCUUUCAUGGUAGUAACUGCUGGAGUGAAAAUAACAACCAAGGUCAUCCUUCAAGAAUAUUUAAAAUGAGUUAGCUUUUUAAGAUUUUAAAAACUUUAUUUAAAUAUGUUUUAAUUUUUUAAAAAGCCAAUAUAAAUUUGAAUAAAAAUACGCAACUGAAUAUUUUUAUAAAGUAACUGUUUUGUACUGUACGUAGUGAAGUACUGCUUUAGCUCAUAGGUGGCAGUAAAAUCGAAGGCUGAAGGUUGAAACAGCUGAUAAUAUUUUUGUCGUUUUCUUGCUUGUAGAUACAGAAAUAGAGGAAUAAUAUUGUUGCUGAACUGCGCAGAAACCAGUGUGGUACUGUAAUGAUAAUGAAGAUUCCAGUGAGUUCCACGAAUGGCUACUUCAGCCACGACUCUUCAUUCAUAUACUCAUCAGAUGGCUCAGAUGUGGGGAACGGUGAUGAAGUAGAGUCACCGACAUCAGAUGGUGAUUUUUCUGAGUACAUGUGGAUGGAAAAUGAAGAGGAGUUUGACAAAGAGGUGAUGCAGCAGCUGGAGGAGGAGGCCCUCAUGGAGCAGUGCAUCGAGGCCAUGCUGGAGGACGAGCGCGAGAUCCGCAACAUCCACAACCAGGCGCUGUCGGCCGGCGCCGGCGCCGCCGAGAGCCGCCAGCCGUGGAGCAACGGCAGCGACAGCAACCCCAGUGAAUUGCCGGACCUUUGCCAAACUUUGGAUGACCUCAGAGUUCAGGAUGACUUGGCAAAACAGAGCACGCUGAACCCCAACGCUGCGGAGUUCUUCCCCCAGCAGAGACGCCAGACCAACGGCACGCUGGACGCCCACGCGCAGAGAUCGACGUAGAGCGCCGGCCCGCGAUCGCGCGCUUGCGUCUUCGUCCUCCGCUGAGCAUGCUUGUCAAGAGCCACAUUUGAUUUUUUUUUUUGUAGGCUGUGACAGGUCUCCAGGAAAUAAACUUGAGAAAGGGGAGAGAAGAGAAAAAAAUAUGGAAGUAAAAAAAAAUUUAGUCAUUACUGAGUUACGGUUGAUUGCUCUCAUAAAGUGUGUGUGGAUUUUAUUCAUGCUUUGUGUGCGAAUGUUUGGGCGCGUGUGCGCGCCACUGAGCGAAUGUUUUGGCGUGUGUGCACUUGAAAAAUGCUAUUAUCGCUAUGGUUUGCAGGAAGAACAAUGGUUUUGCUGCGUUCUGAAAUUUGAAAGAUAUAUUGAUUUUUUAACUGUAUCAUAUAUUUUUUUUCCUAAAAAGGGUUUGGUUUUGAUAUUAGAACAGCAUAGUAUUGGGUUUUCUUAAUAGAAUAAAAUUUCAAUGUUUGAUUGAUGUAAUUGGGACAUUUGAUAAUUUACAUACAUCAGGGGGAAAUAGUUUAUUAUUCCAUGAUUAUCAAGUGUACACACUGAUUUUUGUAAGUUGUCCUUUAAGGGGUAAAUGCCAAGUCUUCAUCUGGUAUCUGGUACAAAAAACAGGCACAAUGAAAUAUGCUGUUUUUUUUUUUUAUGUUAUUUACAGUCUGUUAUACGUAAUUACUAUAUUAAGGUAAGUUUUGAAGUGUGAGUGUGUUUGUUUUUCUUUUUAUGAUUCAGGCAUUAUCCCUAAUUGACUGGCUGCAGAUGCAUUGAAUAUAAACAGUAUUUAGUUGUGUUUUCCUGCCAAUCCUAAUAUGUUCAGUUGAAAAAAAGUGUCACAAAAGAAACAAAACAAUGGUUGUGCAAUGUUUUUAUUUCAUAGUUUUACAUAAAAAAUAAGGUCUGAGGAGCCCCGAUGUCUCCUGAUGGCUGAUGUGUAUUGAUCUCGUCGGUGUUUGUGCCACAAAGACAUUUUGAAAUUUUUAAUUGUACGGUAUACUUGGGAAUGAGAUGGUUUGAUGUCGUACAAGUAGCCAUUAUUUUUUAUUGCAUGAAAUAUAUUACAUUGAAAUAAAAUUUAAUCUUUAAAAUACAUUUUAUCAAUACAAAUAGAUUAUUACAGGGUUCAUUUUCCACUGCCAAUUUACUCAUUUGUUAAAUUUAACGUAGGCUAAUUAUGUUAUGCUCUCUUUAACAAUAGAAAGGUUUUGUGUUUUUGUUGUGUGUGGUAAUGCAUUGAUUAAUAUUUAUUUUGCAGUAUUUGCAGAUUAACUUUUAAUAUAAUUGAAAAGUUUAUUUAUUAUUCUAUAUAGCGAGGAGAAAUCUAUGAAAUUAAACAUUUUUGUAAUUGUUUCUUUAGCCUGGCUUAAUUAUGAUUUGUGUAUUAAGGUGUUUUGCAACCAUAUGUUGCACUGAGAUUUACGGACCUGCUGUUAAUUUUGUGUGUUUACCUGCAAGUACUUUAUUCCUAAAAAAAAUAUUUUUUUUUUUUGGGAGGGCAGGGGAUGGUAGAAUAGAUCACCAGACAACUAAUUUAUUGUGAAAAAUGAAAAUUGUCACUAAUAAUCAUGGGUUGAUUAAUACUGUGUGUGCUACUGUCCAUUUUUCACCUUAAAUUUCUUCCUAUAAAUUUAACAUGAAAUAGUUGAAGACCUCGGGUGUAAAUAGUUAUAACUAACAUUUUUAUGAAUUGUGUUUAGAGAAUCAGUAAGACACAAUUUAUUAUUAAGCAUCGUUCUUUGUAUUUUGCCAAGAAUGGUUAUGUAUGUGUAUGUGUGUGUGUGUGUGUGUAUAUAUAUAUAUAUAUAUAUAUAUAUAUAUAUAUAUAUAUAUAUAUAUAUA